GGUGAAUGUUGGUUAUUUUCAAAUUUAAGCACAUAUGUACAUGUGAUUGCAAAUACACGUAUUUUGUUAGUUUAGUGUGUGUGAAGUGGAAUAUCGUUUAUUCAAUCAACAAGGCUUUCCAACUGCAAAAGAAUUCAAAAUGGAUGAACUCAAAGGAUUCUUAAGAACGGCCGGUCAGGAGUUUCUGAAUGCGGCUGGCGAAGCGGCGAUGGGUGCAGCAAAGGAUGUUGUUGGAUCGGUUAUAAAUGAGAUAUUUAUUAAGAAAGAGGCCGACACAAAGCGAAUACUGCCGAGUAUUAAGAACAUGCGAGUUUUGGGCGAAAACAAUGCCAAUCUUGGAUACCAGGCGGAUGUGCAGGACUAUGAGGCACUGUUAAACAACUGUCUGAUGAACGGAUCUCUAUUCGAGGAUCCACUUUUUCCGGCUAGUAAUGAAUCUCUCAUGUUUUCUCGUCGUCCAGAUCGUCUAAUCGAAUGGCUGCGUCCUCACGAAAUUGUUGACAAUCCUCAGUUCUUUGUGGAAGGAUACUCAAGAUUUGAUGUGCAACAGGGCGAACUCGGGGAUUGUUGGCUUUUGGCUGCUACAGCAAAUCUAACACAAGAAUCGAAUCUGUUUUUCCGAGUUAUUCCACCGGAACAAAGUUUUGAAGAGAACUAUGCUGGAAUUUUUCAUUUUCGCUUUUGGCAAUACGGCAAAUGGGUGGACGUUAUUAUUGAUGACCGUCUGCCGACUUAUCGUGGCGAACUUCUCUAUAUGCAUUCGGCAGAGAAAAAUGAAUUCUGGAGUGCGCUUUUGGAGAAAGUUAUGCCAAAUGUCAGACCACUUCAUGGAUCUUAUGAGGCCCUCAAGGGAGGAACCACAUGCGAAGCCAUGGAAGACUUUACUGGAGGUGUUAGUGAAUGGUAUGAUCUAAAGGAAUCACCAGAAAACCUGUUUACCAUUCUCCAGAAAGCUGCAGAACGUAGCUCCAUGAUGGGAUGUUCAAUUGAAGCGGAUCCCAACGUGUUGGAGGCUGAAACACCGCAGGGAUUAAUUCGUGGACACGCCUACUCUAUUACAAAGGUUUGCUUUAUUGACAUUGUCACGCCAAAUCGGCAAGGAAAGAUUCCAAUGAUACGCAUGCGAAACCCUUGGGGAAAUGAAGCCGAGUGGAACGGACCUUGGAGCGAUAGUUCUCCGGAAUGGCGAUACAUUCCCGAGGAACAGAAGCAGGAAAUUGGCCUGACAUUUGACAGAGAUGGAGAGUUCUGGAUGUCAUUCCAAGACUUCAUGUCACAUUUUGAUCGUGUUGAGAUUUGCAAUUUGUCACCAGACUCGUUCUCUCAAAAGAGCGCCGAGGAUUAUCAGAACAGUGGCAAACGUAAAUGGGAGAUGUCCAUGUAUGAGGGCGAAUGGACUCCGGGAGUGACAGCAGGUGGUUGCCGAAACUUCUUGGACACGUUCUGGCAUAAUCCUCAGUACAUUAUUACCUUGGUGGACCCAGACGAACAGGACGAGGAGGGACACUGUACAGUUAUUGUGGCCUUAAUGCAGAAGAAUCGCAGAUCGAAGCGCAAUAUGGGAAUGGAGUGUCUAACAAUUGGAUUUGCUAUUUAUAGCCUAACUGAUCAUGAUCUGCAGAAUCGUCCUCAAGGAAUCAAUUUCUUCAAGUACAAGUCUUCAGUUGGACGAUCGCCGCACUUUAUAAACACUCGAGAAGUUUGCGCUCGGUUUAAAUUGCCUCCAGGCCAUUAUCUUAUUGUGCCGUCGACUUUCGAUCCAAAUGAGGAAGGCGAAUUCAUCAUUCGAGUCUUUUCCGAAACUAAAAAUAAUAUGGAAGAGAAUGAUGAUCAUGUUGGUUACGGAGAUCAUUCCGAUAAGGUAUUGCCGGUAAUACCAUCGCCAAGACCCACUGAUCCACAAAAGGACAGCUUACGGCGAUUAUUUGACAGCAUUGCUGGAAAAGAUAUGGAAGUAGACUGGAUGGAGUUGAAAAUGAUUCUGGAUCACUCUAUGAAAGAUGAUUUGCCAAAACCAGUUGAGUAUAGUCGAUUUACAGCGAACAAUGCAUUUGAAACUCAGGCAGGCAUGGGAGAAGAAUCUGGAAAUGCCUGUGGCUUACUUUCCCUGUUAUGUGGACCAUUCUUGAAGGGUACUCCCUUCGAAGAACAGCUGGGAAUGAAUGAUCAGUCUAAUAAAAGGCUAAUAGAUGACAAUCCAUCAGGCAAUAGAGCCAUAGUGGAUGAGACCCAUGGAUUUUCCAAAGAUGUUUGCCGUUCCAUGGUGGCCAUGUUGGAUGCUGACAAGUCCGGCAAACUUGGUUUUGAGGAAUUUGAGGCAUUAUUAUCGGAUAUCGCCAAAUGGAAGGCUAUCUUUAAAACCUACGAUACAGAGAAUUCCGGUCGAAUUCCCGGCUUUCAGCUCCGCGAAGCUCUACAAUCAGCUGGUUACCAUUUAAACAAUCGUGUUCUCAAUGCCUUGGGUCAUCGAUAUGGAUCGAGAGAUGGCAAGAUUGCAUUUGACGACUUUCUCAUGUGUGCGGUUAAAAUAAAGACAUAUAUUGAAAUAUUUAAGGAAAGAGACACCGAAAAGAACGAAACUGCCACUUUCACUUUAGAGGAAUGGAUUGAACGGACAAUAUAUUCCUAACUGCAUUCAACAAAUUACCAGCUCCCUAAAUAUAAACUAUUUUUGCAUUUCAUUUGUAAUUGCCUCCAUCUACUGGUUGUAAGAAUCCUAUUGAUAUUCAUAAACAGUUAUAUUAGUGUUGGCCUUGAUAAUGUUGGUUGGUUUUCAUAUUCAUGCGUAGCUUUUGUUAUUACAAUAUUUGUCAUAGUUUAAUGUCGAUCAAUAAAAUUACAAAAUAUACUUUAUGUAUACU